AUGGCAAAUAAAAUCAUUAAUAUUGCAACUAAAUUACCAUUUAUACAAUCGAUUCGUGCACCUGACAAUGAUGAUUUUCACAAUGAUCGUCUGAAUCAUCGUUUUACAGCUGGAUUGCUUAUUUGUUUUGCUGUCAUAACAUCGACAACAUCAUGCUGGAUACCGGCUCAGUUACGUCGAGAUGGUUACACAGCCUAUAUAGAAAGUUAUUGUUGGAUUUCCAGUACAUAUUACAUUCAUAUUAAUAACACGAUUCCACUCACAGAAGAUGGACGUAAACAAGCACUUCUAGGUUAUUACCAAUGGAUUCCUUUUAUAUUGUUAUUAAUUGCGUUUUGUUUUUACCUUCCACGGAUGUUAUGGCGUUCAAUGAAUACUCGUUCUGGCAUGGAUAUACAAAGUUUUAUUAAAGAUGGCCAUAAAUCUUCAAAACAUUUGAUACCUACACUGCAACGAUAUUGUCAUUUCAAUUACACUAAUCAUGGAAAAUAUGGGAAUUACUUAACGAUAUUAUAUUUUAUAACAAAAAUGUUUUAUUUAACAAAUUCUAUUGUACAAUUUGUCUUACUCAAUAUUUUUCUUGGGUACAAAAAAGUUAUGAUCGAUUAUAGUAUAUUAGAAACAAUUUUAGCUGGUAAUCCAUUGAAAGAUUCGUACUUUUUUCCACGAGUAACAUUAUGUGAUUUGAAAAUAAGAGAAAUUGGAAUUGUUCAUAGAUAUACUAUACAAUGUGUAUUACCAGUCAAUAUGCUCAAUGAAAAAAUAUUCAUUAUAUUAUGGUUUUGGUUUGUUUAUGUAAUGUUAGAUAACAUAAUUGAGUUUUUGAUUAUUAUAAAACAGGUUAUCGAUAAACGUGGUAAAUUGCAAUAUAUUAAACGUUUAUGUAAUAUUAACAAUGGUAUAACAGAUAUAUCAUCAGGUAAUGACGAGCCUGAACAACGUAUUAUUCAAAAAUUCACAUUCAAUUACUUGAUGGGCGAUGGUCUUUUCAUUAUACGUUUAUUAAGUAAAAAUGUCAGUGAAAUGGUAGCAGCAGAUGUUGUGACAAAUAUUUUUAAAAGUUUUCGAAAAAAAGAAAAGGAAGACGAACAGCAACGAGAUACUAUACAUAUGGAAGAACUAGUAGAAUCAUAG